AUUUACUACAUUUCCCAAGAUGCGCCUAGGCGGAAGGGAGGGAUUUAACAUUGGGUCAGUUGAGGAAACUGUGGGUUUGUGUGCACACUGUGGGGUGUCGUUUUAAGAGAACUUCGGUAGAUUUGUCAGAUUAAACUACAAUCAUGUUGCUUCGUAAAGUGUCUCGGUCCCCGGCUCUGUGCGGCGCAAUUCUUCGAAUUCCUCCAGUGCUGUCUAGAGGUCAGCUUCAGGCCAGAGCUGUGGUUGCCGGUCACAAUUCCCGACUCUACGCCGGUCAAGCUGCACAGGCUGUUCUUGACAAGCCAGCAGCUGUUGGAGUUGAAUCAUCUAAAGUAGAAAAGAAAACAACUGCUCAGGAGUCCAAAUCAUUUGCAGUCAACAUUUUCAAAGGGCAGCUCACCACUCCUCAAGUGUUCCCUUAUCCUUCAGCUCUCAAUGAGGAGCAGGAGCAAUUCUUGAGAGAGCUUGUUGGCCCUGUUUGUAAAUUCUUUGAGGAGGUGAACGAUGCUGCUAAAAAUGAUGCCUUGGAGAAGGUGGAGGAUCACACCAUGGAGGGUCUAAAGGAGAUGGGUGCCUUUGGCCUGCAGGUGCCCAGUGACCUAGGCGGUCUGGGCCUCUCAAACACACAGUACGCCCGUUUGGUAGAGAUUGUCGGGAGCCACGACCUGGGCGUCGGCAUCACUCUGGGUGCUCACCAGUCCAUUGGCUUCAAGGGAAUUCUGCUGUUUGGGAAUCCAGCACAGAAGGAGAAGUACCUGCCAAAACUGGCCACAGGUGAACACAUCGCCGCCUUCUGUCUGACUGAACCAGCCAGCGGUUCUGACGCCGCCUCUAUCAAGACCACAGCUGUUCAGUCACCAUGUGGAAAAUAUUUCACUUUGAAUGGAAGCAAGAUUUGGAUCAGCAAUGGUGGCCUGGCUGAGAUCUUCACAGUGUUUGCCAAGACGCCCAUGAAAGAUCCCAGCACUGGGGAGGUACAGGACAAGAUCUCGGCCUUCGUCGUGGAGAGGAGCUUUGGAGGAGUGACACAUGGCCCACCAGAAAAGAAAAUGGGCAUCAAGGCGUCCAACACAGCCGAGGUCUAUUUUGACAAUGUCCGUGUGCCAGCCGAGUGCCUGCUGGGGGAGGUAGGAGGAGGAUUCAAGAUUGCCAUGAACAUCCUGAACAACGGGCGCUUUGGCAUGGCUGCUGCCCUGUCAGGGACCAUGAAGGGUGUCAUCAGCCAAGCUGUGGAUCACGCAGCCAACAGAGUCCAGUUUGGCCACAAGAUCCACACGUACGGAGCCAUCCAGGAGAAGAUUGCACGUAUGACGAUGCUGCAGUAUGUAACUGAGUCAAUGGCCUACAUGAUCAGUGGCAACAUGGACAGUGGAGCGACGGACUUCCAGAUAGAAGCUGCCAUCAGCAAGAUCUUUGCUUCUGAAGCGGCGUGGACCGUGACUGACGAGUGCAUUCAGGUUAUGGGAGGCAUGGGUUUCAUGAAGGACCCUGGAGUGGAGAGAGUGAUGAGGGAUCUGAGAAUCUUCCGAAUCUUUGAGGGAACCAACGACAUCCUGCGGCUCUUUGUGGCCCUCAACGGCUUCCAGAACGCAGGUAACCAGCUGAAGGGUCUACAGAAGGCCCUGAAGAACCCACUUGGAAACGCUGUACUGCUGGCAGGAGAACUCUCCAAGAGGGCUAAAAGGAAGGCGGGUUUGAGCACAGGCCUGACACUGCAGGGUACCGUGCACCCUGAACUGUCACAGAGUGGUGACCUGACAGUUAAAGUAAUUGAACAGUUUGGAACAGUCGUUGAGGAGCUGCUUGUCAAACAUGGCAGGAAAAUCAUUGAUGAGCAGUUUGUCCUAAAGAGAGUAGCAGACUGUGCCAUUGACAUUUAUGCCAUGGUGGUUGUACUUUCAAGAGCCUCGCGCUCACUGAGUCAAGGACAAGCUACGGCUCACCACGAAAAGAUGCUCUGUGAGACCUGGUGUAUUGAGGCCCAUGACAGAGUCAUGAACGACAUCAAGUUGCUUCAGUCCAGCGACUCCAGACGGAUCUUUAAGAACCUGCAGGCUAUUUCUGCAGCCACAGUGGAGAACGGAGGCGUGGUCGCUCCUCACCCUCUGGGUUUCUAAACCAACUGUUUAUCUCUGCCCUCCCAACAUUUUUAUCUCAGUUUUGCACUUGAUUAGUUUAACCGUUUAUACUAGAACAUCAGAAAUCUGUGGUGAGAACAGCAGCCUUCGUAGAACAGAUGAAUGAGUCAUUUAACAUUAAUGGUAUUAUAUCUUUAGGGUUUUUUACAAGAACAUUUAAAUGUUUUAAAACCUGUCUAUUUUGUUAUCAGUUCUUGGAUUUAAUGUCAGAGGUACUUGUGUUUGGUUGGGUACCUGGUCUCUCAUUUUAUUUCACUGUUGACAGAGAUCUUUACACUACAGUUUUUGCCAUUCACUUACUCUAAAACUCAUCUCCCAGAGAAAUCAAAAUGGCAUUCUUUUAUUUGAGGAACAAAUAGCCCCAGAGAAGACAAUUGACACAAUGACCAAAGGGUGACGAUACUUAGACGAAGGACAGUCAAAUGUCCUUAAACGGUGAAGGAAAGACAACUGCGCUCUCAUUUGAUUUGCUUUAAUGUGGUUCCCAGUACGAUAUCUUCCUCUUUGAUCUCUACAUUUUUGAUCUUACAAAUGUUUGGUGCCUCCAAUUGGACACUAGGUAGAACAAAGGAUUUUGGUUUGUUAACUGCCUUUGAAAAUGCUUCAUUUACAGGAUCUAAAAACUUCCAAAUCAUACCUUUGGUUCUGAAAUGUGAGAAUCAGAACCUGUUGGAUCAUGGUUAAAAAUGAUUUUUUAUUUGAGGUGAAUUGUGUUUAUGUUGAUGGAAAUGAAUCUGGUCUGGACUCAGUCAGAUGGACAUGCAGUUAAUAAUCUCUUUCUGGCUGUUUAUUUUUUUAUUGCUACUUGUUUAAUGACAAAAUGUUUGUAAGUAACGUCAGUUCAACGUGAACAUCAGGAAGUUGUUAACUUGUGAAAUAAUCACAGAAACAUUUAACUUGUUCUAAUUUGUGCAGAUACAGAUGCAGGUACAGUAUUUCAAAAGGAGAACUUUGCCUUUAUUUUUUGUUAAUGUGAGGUUCUGAUGUAUGUCAUAGCCAAACCCGUUGCCUUACAAACCAGUCCACAGACGGACAAAGAAAAUACAUUCAUACUUUACUCUUUAUUUAAUAAACUGUGAUGUUAUUUGACAAAGCUUUAGAGUUGUUUUGUCCUUCUGCGUUGGUGGAAGAUGAUCUUUGACUGUAAAUAACUUCAUUGUAGUUCAAUCUCUCUGUACAGGAGCCAUGGAAAGUAACAAUUGUGCAAAGUUGUGUUGUUUUUGGAGGUUUGCUGUGUUUUAAGCAGAUAUCUUCAGCCCGACCACACACUUCUGUUGUAAUAAAUGGAUUCAUUUGACAGUG